GGAGUGUCACGUGACGGGCGGGCCGCCGCGCUUUACGGCUGCCGUCGCGCUUUGUGGCGCUUUGCGGCGCGGGAGAGGGAAGUGGGGCGUUGAUCCGUUGCUUCGCCCCCCGCCGCUUCUCUCCGGUGGUGGCGAGGAUGGCGACGUAUGUGAGCGAGUUGGAGGCGGCCAAGAAGAGCCUGAGCGAGGCGCUGGGCGAGAACGUGAAGCAGUACUGGGCCAACUUGAAGCUCUGGUUCAAGCAAAAGAUAAGCAAGGAGGAGUUUGACCUGGAAGCACGCAGGCUUCUCACGCAAGACAAUGUCCACUCUCACAACGAUUUCCUCCUGGCUAUUCUUACCCGAUGCCAGAUCUUGGUUUCUGCACCAGAGGGUGCUGGAUCUCUGCCAUGGCCAGGUGGCUCUGCAACUAAGCCUGGAAAACCCAAAGGAAAGAAAAAGAUUUCAUCAGUUCGUCAAAAGUUUGAUCACCGGUUCCAGCCUCAGAAUCCGUUGUCUGGAGCCCAGCAGUUUGUGGCAAAGGAUCCUCAGGAGGAUGACGAUUUGAAGCUGUGUUCUCAUACCAUGAUGCUUCCUACACGUGGCCAGUUAGAAGGAAGGAUGAUUGUAACUGCGUAUGAGCAUGGGCUAGACAAUGUCACAGAGGAGGCAGUGACAGCUGUUGUUUAUGCUGUGGAGAACCACCUUAAGGAUAUUCUGACAUCUGUGAUAUCCAGGCGGAAAGCCUAUCGCCUGAGAGACGGCCAUUUCAAGUAUGCCUUCGGAAGCAAUGUUAACCCUCAGCCAUACCUGAAGAACAGUGUUGUUGCUUAUAACAAUCUAAUUGAGUGCCCUCCAAGCUCUGCGACGCCUUCUGCGGGUCAGAGUCUAGCUCCCCAGCCCCCGCCCGAUGAUGCUGAGCAGCAGGCAGCUCUACUCCUCGCGUGCUCUGGAGACACCUUACCAGCAUCCCUCCCGCCGGUGAACAUGUAUGACCUUUUUGAGGCAUUACAGGUGCACAAAGAAGUUAUUCCUGCGCACACUGUCUAUGCUCUAAACAUUGAGAGAAUUGUCAUGAAACUCUGGCAUCCAAACCACGAGGAGCUACAGCAGGAUAAAAUCCAUCGCCAGCGCCUGGUGGCAAAGGAGGGCCUUCUACUCUGCUAGAGCUAGGCAGCCGUGUCAGGCCUCAGACGGCUACAGUGCUGUUCCUUGGACUUGAUAUUCAAACACGUCUUACAAACCUGUGUCAGCAUUUCAAGGAUGACAUAAGUUAUGAGUCAAAUUUUCCUAUGGAAAUAUGACUGAUUUGCGGUACACUUUCUCUGCUUCCCGAGAGUCAUGUGCCAUGGAGUACUUGCAGCAAUCCCACUGAAUUGGAAAGGAGAAACAAGAGAUUUGUUCGCAAGGACUGUUUUUAUUAGGAAGAAUAAAUGUGAGGGUGGAAAGAAUUGGUUUUAAAUAAGGUGGAUUUGUGUUUUCUUUUGCGAGCGUGGGGAAUCUGCCUCCUUGCCCUCCCCUCUCAGGUAGUUUCCCUUCUGAGCUCAGUCUCCAGGGGUCUGUCCAACUUCUGUUGCAGUUGGUGGGAUCCUUUUCCAUUCAUUUGACUGGAAACAGGGUGGGCUUCUGUGAAGAUGUGCAAUUCUGUAAGCUGACAUCAGUCCUCUUCUACCAGGGGAACUACUAAUUAGAAACUCUGAGAAAGCCAGGCAAAAAGGGAAAGGUCCAUUCUAGCCUGCCUUUUGAACUGAUUUGUUUUGUGUUUUUUUUUUUUUAAACUGCAUCACAAAACAGGAAGGUGUGCACUGUUGUAGGACUCUCUUUUGCUAGUUACCAAAAUACACAAUAAAAUCAGGGUUGUAAGUAACAUUUUUCUAUCAGCCUAGUCCUUGACUCGCCCCCCUCUUGUAGUUGUGAUCAGAUGUCCUAGGAAUUGUUGGAUCUCUGUGCCUGUCAGUACAGCAAAUUAUUAAGUCAUCCCAGCAGGGUUUGACCAUUCCUGAGCCGAGCCAGCAACUCCCAAAUAUGUAUACCACUUCACUGUCUUUUAGUCUUGCAGACUCCUUGGAUUUGCAGCAUGAACUAUUGUCUCGUGUGACUUCAUCAUAAAAAUACACAGCCUUGUAUUCACCGUAAAAAUAUGCAGCCACUGCUCUCCACAUGGAGAGCAAAGCGGAUCACUGUGUGAAAGGGGAAAUUCCGCCUGCUGAGUUUCAGGUGCUCCGCUCUAUUCCUGAGCCAGCGGUCUGCUUCUCAGAUGGUGAAGGGAACAUGCUUAUUAUAACACAAGAAUUCUAUUACAGUGUCUUAAUUACUACAUUACCUGUGUUUAACCCCACCCGUGCAGGCACCUGCUGAAGGAUGACUUGGCUUAUUGUGCCUCCAGAUAGUGGAACUGAAACAGCUUCUGCUGGGGCAAUGUGAAAGUGUAAGCUUGUGUUUUCCCUCCAUUCCACUUGUCUGUUUGGGAAGCUUUUAGAUAGGAGAGCUGUCAUCUUUCCUGUGCGCAUUCCUUCUCUACUGUGCCCUCAGGGUGCAGUUCCCUGAUGGUUCCUCCCAGUUAUCUUUAUUUUUUAAUAACUUCCUUUCUUGACGCCCAUCACUCUUCAUGUUGGGCCAGAGUUGUAGCAAGGGGCUGUGCCCUGUCACUGUUCCCAGCUUUCCUGCAUCCCUUUGUGGGAUGUGCUGUGGAGUUUGGCAGUGCCCUUGCGGAUACCAGUGGCUCUCAUCAUGAGAAGACCAUUUCAGGAUUAUGAAGAAGCUGGAAAAGGCAACAGGAGAGAACUACAGCCGGGCCUGGCAGGAUAAGAGCGGUUGUACUUUGUAGGUUGUGUCUCUUAAGGUAUGGCAGUCUGUGGUUAAGAGGGGAGUGGGAGAGAGGUGGUGGAAGAUUUAUUUUGGCCCCUUUUGCCCAACUGCCAUUUUUUCCUGUAUGUAAGCAUACAUCGCUGUUCAGAGGGAGACUUAGCUUAAAAGUUGACCCCAGUGGCUUUUACAUGACAGAUUUUAAAAGCAACAUCGAACCUGAGUAACUGUAUGUGGUGAGAUCAAGUCACCCAGAGUAUGGAGUCCAGGGUGUGGGAGGGGGAUUUCCCAGAUAAUUGUUAUGCUUCUGGUGUAAAAUGAAAGCGUUAAGUUUGUUUGCUAGAAACUUUGGGGCAGCUCUGAGGAUUUCAGAUCUGAAGAAAGCACGCAGCCUCCAACGGCAUCACAAGUGAGUUCUGAAACAAAAUACAAAGUAUGGCACGAGAAGUGCCUCUUUCUUCUGUUUGCAUGGGCUGGGGGAAGGCUCUGCAGACAAAGCCUCAUAUUCUGAAGAGCUGAGUCAUCUAUUCCACACUGAAAAGAGUGGGUUAGCUGGGACGCCUGCUAGACAACAAAGGCUCGAAUAAGGAAAUCCCGUCAGCCCCAGUUCACAGAUCGGAAAACUGAAAGGCACAUGUUCUCAAUGCACUUUCCCACAAAGUGUGAGGGCUUGUGAGAAGUGGUGCUUCAUAGACUUCUGGGGUAAUUCAGCUGGAAGGGAUGUCUGAAGGAUGCUUUGUCCAUCCUCCUGCUUGAGAGAAGGGCUGAGUUCAAAGUUUGAGCAGGUUGUCCAUCUCCAGAGAUGGGACCGGGGAAAUGGUGGCCAUGCUGAGGAUGAAGGUUGUCCAUGCAUCUCAUGAGAAUUUCUUACGUUGUGCCUGUUGCCUUUCAGCUUUUCCUGUGUGUCUCCUUGUGGCUCCCCAUUGGGGAGCAGCAGAUAAUAGCAAGAUCUCCCUUUUGCCUUUUCUCCAGGCUGAACAAACCCAGUUCUGUCAGCUUCUCCUUAUGCAUCGUGUGUUCCAGCCCAAACCAGCUUGAUAGUCUCCACUGAACUUGCUCUGGUAUGUGACUGUCCUCGUGCUGGGGAGCCCAAACUGGACCCAUCUCUCCAGAUGGUCUCCCAAGAUGCAGGAUCCCUCCCCGCACCCUGCCGACUGCGGUCCCUUUAGCAGUUGGCCUUUGCAGCAUGGGUGCACUGCUGACUCCCGGGUUGCUUGUCCACCUACACUUCCAGGUCCUCUCCUGCAAAGCUGCUUUCUUGCCUGUUGUCUCCAGCCUGUUCCUUGCAGGGCGUUACUCCAGCCCAGUGGCAGGGCUGUGCAUUUGCCAUUGAACUUCUUGAGGUUCCUCUCAGCCUAUUUCUCCAACCUGUCUAGGUCCCUCUAAAGAGCAGCUCCCCCUUUCAGUGUGUGAACCACUCCUCCAGAUUUGGUGUCAUCUGCAGACUUGCUGCUCAUAUGCUCCAACUUAACAUCCAGAUCAGCAGCAAAGAUAUUAAAGCGUAAGCAGCCCUGGUGUUGGGUGCUGCUAGUAACCGGCGGCCAGCUGGACUCUGAAUCACAGACAGCUGCUCUUGAAGACCUGCCCUGAGAGCAGGGUGAUGGCACUGAUAUGUAUUGCUGCUAGGCUAGUGGUUUUCCCUGUGAUAUGAUACACAUUUGUCUUUGCUAUAGUAAUCAACCCUCUAAAAUUAGUAAGAUUGCUGAAUUUCAAAGCAGCCGCUCAAAGUAGCACUGAAAUUAGUUUGGCAGGGUCUACCUUCUGCCCCAAGAGCCACCAAGAACCUGCCAGGUCUAUGGCAAGCUUGAGCUUGCCCAAAACUGUUCCUGACAGAUGUUAGCUGAAAAACUUAACAAUGGAAGCUUUCAGAGUUAUCUUAGGCAACUGUUUAGUGGUCUUCACCACUGAGGGAUUUUUCCAGAGUCCUGUGCCUUUUGCUGCAGCUUCGGCCUAGAACUUGUUGUAUUUAUCCCAGUGCAUUGUAUGGAAAGGCAGAAGGGAAGGGAUGAGAUGGCAUCUGUCACGUCCUGAAUAGUGAGAACUGCAUCCUCCGUUCUUAAUCCAGUAGGAACUGUGCAACAUACUGAAAGUUGCCACUUUUAGAAUCAUAGAAUGGUAAAAGUCGGAAGGGACCUUAAAGUGUUUCUAGUUUCCACUUCUAGUUUUGCAGUGGAAAACCAUUAGCUACUACAUGAAGAGGGGGGGGAAAAGUGCUUGAGAGAACUGGGCUCGCUUCGUGGCCUGAGUUUGGGCAAAGAUGGCCAUCUGACCUCGGGAUGUGGUCAAUGCCCCUGGGAGUGUGGGAUGCAGAAAUAAAAAAAAGUCUCUUAUUUUUAUUUUUCUGACAGUUCUGGCUGCUGGGCCUGCCUUACGUCUGACCAAGCUUUUCCAGCUGGGUGCCAAGGAGGAUCCUAGAGAUUUCCUCAACGCAUCCAAAUAACCAAACUUUUGCUCCCAAGUCUGGUGACUGGGAAAGAUGAUUCUCAUUGCUGGUUCACAACAGAAACCUGGAGCAUAGCUCUGUCUUUCUCUUGUCUUAACUGCCCAUAUAUCCCCUCCCAGCCCUCCCACUCUGUCUUCUGCAGCUGAGAUGGACUUCUCUGGUUGUUGCCCCAGUUAUUCCUUCCCAGCAUAAAAAUGCCCCUGUUGCAGAAAGGUGGGAUUUGGCUUGAUGCAAAGAGUGGCCCCUCUGUUUGAGGGCCAGAAACUCUGUGCCAGCAGCGCCUAAAAAUGCAGAUUCUCAUUUCUCAAUAGAGAAAAAUUUAAAAGAGUGACUUUGUACUACUGCCUUCCUCCUACUCGACCUCUAGAAAAAUUCUGGCAAAGAGGGAAAAUGAGGAAAUAAAACUGCUUGCAUUUAAGAAGAAAGCACAUGUGCUGUAUUUGUGUCCUUAACUGUGAACGCCCAAGAGCCCCAAACUGGGGUUGCAGAAAUCCUCUGCUGUCCAGCCAAGUGAAAAUAAUACCAAGAAAGGAGACCUCCUGUGGUGCUCCUGGGGUGGAAGGAAGUGUGUGACCUAUUGCUGCAGUCCGAUGGCAUCAAAGAAGAAAGUCUCCGCAGAAGAGGGGCUGCCUCCCCAGUUCUGAGAAGGCAGCUGCAGAGAGGGGUGGUGGCAGCUGGUCCCUACCAGGAGCUCGUAGGUGAUGAUGGAUGUGUCUUGCUGGCCUGAGAUGAUGUGCAGAAGGGGUUGCAGUGGUGCUGUAGCAGUAGCAUGAUGCCAGCAAGCUCUCCUCCUAGUGAGAGGCCCAGCUUGUGCUGCUAGAGCCUUCAGGCAGCCUUCAGCAGGCUCCUAGAAGGAAAUAAUUUCUCAGAGCCAAAAAGUUUUCUUAUGGCCUUGCCUUUCUUCACCAGUAUGGUUACUGGUGUGGUCUGGUUGGCAGGAAGAGGGGAAGAGUUCAAAAGACAGGCAACGUGAGGCAAGUGCACCCUCGGUGUCCCCAGGGUCAGUACUCACCAAACCUUGAGGCAACUCUGUGUGCUCUAGGCACCGGGCUGAAGGGACCACCAUGGGCUUGGCACCCCUUGGACUUCUUUGCCCAGCAGCAGUGUGUGAAAUCAGGGCGCAAACACUGGUGUCCACCUUCCUCAAGCGUACAGAGAACGUAGUUCAUGCUGAGACCAGGGCGCUUCAGCUCCCUCCAAGGCUUUGCAUCCUCUGAGGAGUCCUAUUAAGUGUCCUGGGCUUUCCCGUGCAGCCACAGCUCUGGGUGGGCUUGUGUAGUAACGACAGAAACAUGGUGCAGAUUUCUGCUGGGUCAAGCACAGGCUGCUGGCCACCACUGAGCUGCCACUGUAAUCUUCCUCCAGCCUUGCGUUCGAUUACGGUCCAAGGGCCUGAUUAAACUAUUAGUUUCUUUUUUUUUUCUAGAUCACAGCAUUGAGAUAUAUAUCUAACUGGACAGAAAACUUGUGCAAGAAUAAUUUAUCGCCACGAAGGGCAUCCAAGUGAAGUUUUUUGUAGCACUUUUGAUUCAUUUCUUGCCAGGAAAUGAGUUUGUGUCUCCAGAUAACAUCUGGCCAAGGCAGGGGUUUAUGACUGCAGCCUCUCCUCAGUCUGAGGAUGCUCUCUCUGGUGGAGUAGUGGAGGCUCUUGUUCUGCCUGUGGGCCAUUUAAGUGAGGACAAAAAGUUCCUGCAUUGGAGCGGUACAUGGUGCUUCUGGGGCUCUGCUCAGAGCCUUGAUGUCCCUGCAUUUGUGGAAAAGAACUGGCAACUGCCACUGCAGCGAGUGUUUGUGGCCCCCUCACCAGCUCAGGGGUGUCUAGCAGAGCCAUUCCUCUGGCCCAGCCUGUGAGCAGACCCUUUGCCACACGUCUGUCCCGUACCCUCGCCCCGUGGUGCCAGCUGCUGGGGAACUGUGCCCAGGAGCAGGACUGGAUCGUAGAAUGGUUUGGGUUGGAGCAGCUUCUUCUGCUCCAUCUGGAUAUGGUGCCCAGGUAAGCCCCAGAGGAAUCAUCUCUGACGAG